AUGAAAGAUGGGUUGCAUUUUGGGUGGUAGUACAGUACAAAGAAAGGACGAAAUGAAAACACCCUAAACCCUAGCUACAACCUUCCUUCCUUCCUUCCUUUUCCUAAAAAAACCCUUCCUUCCUUCCAAGCUCCAAUGGCGGAUCUUCCGCCGGAGAUACUUACCGGUAUCCUCUCUCUGUUACCGGUACAAUCCCUCCUCCGAUUCCGUUCAACCUCAAAAUCACUUCAAUCCCUAAUCGAUUCUCACAACUUCAUCAAACUUCACCUCCAAAAUUCCCUCAAUCGUUCCUUAAUCCUUCGACACAACUCUGUUUUCUACCAAAUCAACGAUUUCUCUAACCUAACCACCCGCAUUAAACUCAAUCUUCCUUUCAAACUCCCCAACAACAACAUCUCUCUGUUCAGUUCAUGUAACGGCCUUCUCUUCAUUACCACCAAUGUCGGAAUCGCUUUCUGGAACCCUAACAUCCGUAAACAUCAGAAUAUUCCUAAUCUCCCUAUUUCUAUUCCUCCUCCUCGUUCUGGCAACGUCCACUUUCUCUCAUGUGUUCACGGCUUUGGUUUUGAUCCGUUAAACGUCGAUUACAAACUCCUCAGAAUCUCUUGUAUCGUUGAUCCACAAUACUCUACUUCUGAUUCACAUGUGAGACUCUUCAGCUCGAAAAUGAACUCGUGGAAAGACCUUCCUAGUAUGCCGUACGCUCUUUCCUAUCCUCGAACAGAGGGGGUUUUUGUUGAGAAUUCUCUUCACUGGAUAAUGACUCGGAAACUUGGUCAGUUGCAAUCUCGUGUAAUUGUUGCGUUUAACCUAACACACGAGAUUUUCAAUGAGGUUCCUUUUCCUGAAAUAGGUGAAGAAGUGAAUAGUGAGAGUUUUGAAAUUGGUGUUGCGGUUUUGGAAGGGUGUCUUUGUAUGAUUGUGAAUUAUCAAACUGUUAAAAUUGAUGUUUGGGUGAUGAAAGAAUAUGGAUGUAGAGAUAGCUGGUGUGAACUUUUUACUUUGGCGGAAUCAUGUUUCAUUUUACCUUUGAAAACUUUGUGGCCUUUAGCUUAUUCGAGCGAUGGAAGUAUGGUUCUGUUGGAAGUAGAUUGUGAGAAGCUGUUUUGGUAUGAUCUCAAGAGUGAACAAGUUAGUUGUGUUGAAGGAAUUCCUAAUUUCGAUCAAGCUAUGAUUUGUGUUGGAAGUCUUGUGCCACCUUCCUUCCCCAGGAAAGAGAAUUAUACAAGCAAGAGAAGGGAUGACUUCUUGUCCCGAGGAUUUAAAUUGAAAUUGUAAUGGAGUGAAGGAAGAAUCUUUGAUGUGUAGCUGAAGCAAGUUGUUUCUAGUGAUGGAUUUAGUCAUGUUGGUGUCCGGGAAGAGUUAAAUUGAUCAGGAAUGGAGUUUAGCUAGUCAGAUACCUAGUUUUAUGUCUCUUAUUGAAUUGGUCAGAUACCUAAUCUACAUGACUUCUUUCUUUUCCUUUUAUUUUCAUUUGGUGUAUCACUUGGUCUGUAAUUGCUAGGAUCCUGCGGCACCUGCUAUAAGCAAUGCAAAGAAAAAUGUCCUAAUGUCUGUUUAGGUGUGUAAGAAAGUGUUGAAAACUUUUAUUAUCCAUGUGAAUUUGUGCAUGCAUGUUAAUAUGGUUUUACCAUCAACUAUUAAACUGUAAUGCAACUUUUACAUUCCGCAACAUUACAAGAACUGUAUUUUUGCUUUGUUUGCUUGUGAAAAAACUAUUGGCGGGUAACCUACUU